GAGGUUUAAAUGACAUUUUUACCUACAUUAAGAUUUGGUCACAUGGCCUAAAGAAGGAAGUUAUAAGUUGAAUUUUAGACUCUUGAAUAAUGUUGAUCGGAUUAAUUUAAUGUAACAAAUUCAUUUAAUUUACAUUUAAAUUUGAAGUAUCCAUCUGCAAAUGUGUGAUGUCGUACUCAAUAGUCACUUAUCUCUCAUCCGGAAGGGACAAUUACAAGUGUACUAAAAGGACGUAGUUUAAACUGUAUAUAUACGAUGAGGAUGAAACUUUGAUACAGAAUAGUUUCUGAUUUUUUUGGAUUAUUACUAAAUAUAUCCUGUAUAUAGAGUUUCAUUUGGAACAAUACAACAUGGACGAGGAUGAUGAUCAAGACAUAUAUGACGAUGGAACCAGUAUAACAAACCGGCGUGUUGUAGGACGUAUAAAGUCCAUCUUUGAACCGAACUUUGAACCAGCCAUGCAAGGACCAAAGCCUUCAUUACCAUCUAAACCAGCAGCAAAACCGCCGACACCAAUACGAUCGGCCGAUACUAAACCGACGACAAAUGGAGAUUUCCCAUUUAACAAUAAUAAUAUACCAAAGAAGACCGCUGGUGAGAUUGCAAACAAAAACAAAGAUGUAAAUUCAAUGGUGAAAAAUAGUACUUCUGUACCACAACUUAAUUCAGAAUUUGUGUCAAGAUUCAACAGUAUGAAAAACAAACCUGGAAUAGACGAUAAACCUAGUCCGAAGCCGCCAUGGCAAAAACAACCAGAUGUGGGUAUAAAACCGCUAGAAAACAAAAAUAUACCAUCACAAGGACUAGCUAGUCGUUUAAAAAAGUUUCAACAGGUUGAUAGUGAAAAUAGUGACGAUAAAACUGAGCCUGUGAAACCAUUAAUGCCGGGAAAGAUAGACAUUACAGUGAAGAAGGAUGUGAUCUCUGGAAUGUUUCAACCAAAGUUGCCCCCUUCUCUUAAGUCUGACAAUAAACCUCCACCAACACCGAUAAAACCUGAGAGUAAACAGCCUCCGCCUACUCCGCGGAAACCUACGACUCCUACAGAACAAGAGGUUAUAUCUCCGAGCAAACCAAAACCAUUUUCUGUUGUCAAACCAUCUCCCUCUGGUGGAGGUGACCCUCAGUCUGAACUAAUGCGUGCAAUACAAAAAAGAAAAGAAAGUAUGGGACAAAAAAGUGAGAACGAACAAACAGACACUGAACCUCAGUUGAGAAACAUGAAACGAGGCAAAUCUAUUAAAAGAAAGUCAUUUACAAGAAAUUUAGAUAACAAAAAGUUUUUUCUGGUUGAAAUUUCAAGUUCAGAUAGUCCCAAUAGACCUCCUCCGAAGCCAUCGAAGAUACUGGAUAUAAAUUUGGAUACUAUUGUUUCAGAGUACAAAAAGAAUUUUAAGAGGAAAUUUCUGUCUUCAGAAGAGGAGUCUGAGCGACCACAGUCGGGAGGUUUCGUCGAAAUGGAUGAAGAAAUUUAUGAAGAAUUACCGGAUGAUGAAACCGGUGUAGAUUUCCCUCCACCCCCUCCUGAAAUUACACGUCAACGUCAGUCAACGAAUAGACCAGUUUCCAUGAUACCUCCUAUGACAGAAGAUGAGGAAUGUGAUGUAGUCUAUGAUGAUGGUAUCAGUGCUCAAAGUGACGAAGUGCCCCCACCCGUUAUUCCGGGUAGACCUCCAAGGCGUGGAAAUCUUCCAGAACUUCCUUGUGUUCCAAUACAAGAGGAGCCUCUACCUGAGCCACCCGUACAGCCACCUACAACGUCCAAUGUUAUAGCAGACGAUCCAGAAUCUGAUGGCGAACUGUACGAGCCACUUGACGAUAUAAUCAAUGAGGUGGCCAAAUUGGAGGAGAAAGCAAAUAAUAAUACAAUUUCCACUGAUAAUGACAAAACAGAACAAUUAUCAGAAAAGGAAAGAAAGAAAAAAGAAAAAGAAGAAAAGAAAAGACAAGAAGAGGAAAGGAAAAAACAAGAGAAAAGAGCAAAAGAAUUAAAAAGUAAAUUCAAGAUCGAGCUUAGCGAACUUGAAGAAUGUAGUACUAAGGGAGCUAUUAAGGAAGAUGCCAAAGGCAAGGGGAAAGACUUAGCAGUCACUAAAGACCAAAGAGUUAUAAUUAUAUGUAUGGAUAAGAGAAACCCAAAAGGAAGAUGGCUAGUCAAAUUAGAGGAAAAUGAAGAUAUAAUUGGUUAUGUGGAUUCUAACAAUGUUGAGGUAGACAACAAUCUCAUUCGUAGUGUGAUGCUUACUUCCCAGAAACCACAGACAGAUUUUGCCGACGAUGGAGAAGACUAUGAAGUACCAGAACAAGAUGUACUUUAUUAAAACAAAAGAGAAGUUUAUGCCGAGGCUUUAUAAAGACACAUUAGUAAAGAGAAAGCCUAGGAGUCAUUCACACUAUAAUGAUCUUACCAAACCUUGUGUUGCUUUCUUCAUGUUUUAAAUGAUAGAAAAUGUUCCUUUCAUUUUAAAUGAUGAAUUUCUUAAUAUGCCAAUAUCCUUCUUUCAAAGAAUUUUAUAAUUACAAUGCCUACAGUUGAUUAUGUUCAUCCUUGAUAUAAAAAUUACUGCUUGAAUUAAAAAAAAUUGAUGGCAAGCAUCAUCACCUACGGAAUAUAUUUUUGACAUAAUAGACUUUUUGUGUUAAGUGGAAUAUUAAUCUGAAAUGUGCCAUACUUUCUUUUUGCUUAAAAGGUGCUUUUUGUCAUUUUCAUUAGAUACAAAAGCUAGGUUGUAAAUUUCAUAAAUGUUGCAAACUGCUAGUUGUUAGAAUGAAAUACACAUUUGUCUAUAUGAAGAAAAGCAGUGUGUGUUAUUAUAGCAACACUAAUACCCACAUAUAUGAUACAAAUGACGAAAGAGUGACAUUGCUUUUUAAUUUAACAAUAUUCACAUUAUCUUCAAAAGAAAUGCAUGUUUUUACUCUCGUUGUGUAUUUGAGUUUAUGAAUUAUCUCACAAAAUGUAUAUUUAAUCUCAAUAUUUAUUUUUUUAUUAACAGUAGUAAUAUAAUGAUGAUUUGUGUAAUUAUAUACAUUGUGUAUUUAAUAAUGUACAUUGUAGAGUGAUAAGGAACGAGACAUAAGUAUGGUUGUAGUACAAUGAAAAGAAUUUAUGUUUAAUCAGAUUUUCAAAAUCUUAAUUGAUAUACAUAUAAAUUGCCGAGACACACAAGGGAAAUGAAAUAUCUUUUAGAAAAUAUUUAAACUGAUUUUAAAAAAGGAAUUACAAAUGUUGCCUUCUUCUAUUCCAUGUACAUCUUCUUAGACUUAUAUUUUGGUCUUUUUUCUUUAAAUAAAUCAAGCGACCGUUUCUCUGUCUAAUUUUAAUAUAGAUCUCUGAUUUCGUUAUCCUUAUAUUUUUCGAAAGAUCUUAAUUCUAAUUAGAUAUCGGUUUUCAGACGGACCAUUUCAUAUAAAUUUUACUAUGCUCUUUGGUUUUAAAUUCAGCUUCAAACAACUGCACGCAAAAACGUAUACCUAUAUAGUUGAUGUUAAUUUUCAACUUUUCUUGGUCCCAUCUUUCAUGAUUCUAGAAUGACAGUUGUUCAGACAGAUUUAAUAUUUCUAGUAGUUGGAACAUAAAUUUUCUUUAUGUCUUUAAGUGAUGCCGGAUAUUCUGAUAAGGUCUUUUUGCUCAAAAAUGAAAUUGCAAACAUUGUCAUGAUUGUCGCAUUAUAUCUCAAUAUCUUAAAUUGUAUUAUUAAGUCUGUAAAUAAUGCUUAUCUAAAGAAAUAAAGUAUAAAUUAACAAAUGCUCAUCAAAGAAAAUGAAAGAUUGUGAUAAGUUUAGUCUAGUAAAUUGCUUCAUUAUAAAAUGCUAGUAUAGAUGCCUUGCUAUGUAACUACAUUCCAAAUUACAAGUGUGUUAUUUUAUUUUUUUAAAUAAAACAUGCAAAAUGUUA